UUCGAGGCCUUGAAAACUGACAAGCGCACCUAAACACUCUCCUCCUAAACCUAACCUUCAAAACUGACAAACAAUCACACAAACUAUGGCUACACAAGAAUCUGAUAUAACUUUCGAACAAGUUUUGGAAUAUUUCCGAGAUAAUGGUGGUUCAGUGAGAAAUCGUGAUGUGGUUACAAGUUUCAAGAAAUAUUUGACGGAUCCCUUGUCGAAAGAUGAUGCUAGGAUAAAAUUCAAGGAAUACGUGAACAAACUGGCAGUGUCGAAGGUAGUGAACGGAGAGAAAUUCCUAUAUUUGAAGACCAGGUAUUUGCAGUACCAGUGUCCGUCAUCUCCAGUACUCACUUCACCUAGAGUUAGUCAAAUGCCAAGAGCUCCUCCUCCCCCUAUAGAUCAAAUGAAUUCAAUCGGUAUACCAGUAUCCCCCCUACCAUCCCCCUCUCAGAGCCUCAAGGACUUCUCGACCUCUUCUCCGCGCCAACCACCCCCUUACAGACCGCCCCCUCCCGUCCUUUCUCCAUCCCCGUCCCUGGACACCCUCUCGAUGAACUCCUUCACCCUCUCCAUCCAGGAGUCCGGCACCCCCCAACCUCCCCCGCGCAGGAAGAGCGUUGAGAAGUUUAGGACGAGCGACGAUGACUCCGGCACUCCCACUACUCCUACCUUCGCGGUAGAGAUGAGGGAUAAGGAGCCCUUGGAGGAGAACAGGGAGGAAGAGGAGGAGGGCGAAGAUAACGAGGCGAACGUUAGCGUCAAGGAGAGGACCCAGAAGUUCAACAGGCUGGCGUCCGUGGAGGGAGAAGAGAGGAGUCCCAGGUGCAAUAAGACCCCUGAUAGGGUGGUGAAGAAACAGGGAGCCGACGAUGAUGAUGGUGCCUCGGUGAUCUCGAACUUGGACCCGAAAAAAUGCGUAGAAUGGUACGUGACUGCGUCCAAGGGUGACUGCCAGGAGCUGUUGAAAUUGGCCAAGGAUGAACCAAGGCUCGUCAACAAGAAGGACCCAUUCACGGCCUAUAAUGUUUUACAUUGGGGCGCGAAACAUGGCAACGCGGAAAUCAUCAAGAUCUUUGCUGGAACUUACAAAGUGGAUGUAAACUCGAAAACGAAUGGGGGAUACACUCCGCUGCAUAUUGCUGCGCAAUUCGGACACAAGGAUAUUUUCAAAUUACUCAUCGAAGUAUACAAGGCCAAUUCGAACGUGAGGGACUACAGCGGACGAACGCCGGAGUACUACCUCCUCGCCAAGGAACAAACUGGGCCAAAGAACAACGUCAGAAAAAUAAAGCGGGGGAAAAAACAAUCAGACAAAGAUUUAGGAUUUCUACGUAUUGGUUCGUUGAACGUAAGGGUUAAGAAGACUACGGAGGCAUUCAGUAAUUUCCUAGGGGUUGGAAGCGGAUCUGUGAGUUCGCUAGAUGGAGCUGCUGACAAACUACAUAAAGGAUGGGGUUCUGCCGAUAACGUUAAUACUCAGGAAAUCAUGCAGGCUCCCAAAGGUUACAUAGGAAGGAAAAAAUCGAAAUACUCCUCUGGUAGUAUCUCCAACAGCACGCCGACCACGCCAAAACAAUCUAGAGGAAUGCAUGUGCAACUUGGCAACCAAGAUUCUGAUUCAGACACGGCAGCUGGUUUCGAUAACCAGUGGAAGAAAUGAAAUCGGCCACAAAAACAUUCCUAUUCUCAUUUUUGUACUUAAUUAAUUUAUUGUUAAUUAUUUGAAUUUUAUAUUGAGGUUGUGAUUGUUGACUACUUGUGAAUUGAUUUGUCUGUUAGUGUGAAAUAAUUUGUAAUUUACGAAGAUGAAGAUUUUACACCUUUCAAUAAAAAUUUAACUUUGUAA